UUAAAACUUCUCCGCUUUAUAUAAAGAAAGGAUACCCUAUUUCCUCCUCAUAUAUUGCCCGCUUCUCUCUCUUCUCCCCACCCGAUUCUUUGGUAUCAAGGUUUUGCCUUACCCUUCGCCCCAUCUCCCAGGGUGUGACGUUUAUACAUCUAAACUUAUUUGUCAUUGCUGGGAGUCAUGGCUGGAACUCUGGUAAAGUUAGCUACUUUCCCUGCUGUCACAAGUAGAGGCCAUAUCCAGAUCCAAGGCUCUAGGAAGCCAAGCAGGUUAGCCCUAAUGAUGUGUAAUGUGAGAGUAUCUCCUCUAAGAAUGCAAGGGUUCACAGGACUGCGACAAUUAAAUGCCUUGGAUUUUCCAUACAAAUCUGGAAGAGACUUUCAUUUUUUGAUAUCAGCUUUAAGUCCUACUGCUCGAGGGAGGGCCAAACGAGUAGUUCCUAAAGCUGUGUUUGAGCGAUUCACAGAGAAGGCUAUUAAAGUGAUCAUGCUUGCACAGGAAGAAGCUAGACGUUUGGGCCACAAUUUUGUUGGUACAGAGCAGAUUUUGUUGGGUCUUAUUGGUGAGGGAACUGGUAUAGCUGCAAAAGUUUUGAAAUCCUUGGGAAUUAGUCUUAAGGAUGCCCGGGCUGAAGUGGAGAAGAUUAUUGGGAGAGGCAGUGGAUUUGUAGCUGUUGAGAUACCUUUUACGCCACGUGCCAAGCGUGUCUCGGAACUUUCACUAGAGGAAGCCCGGCAACUUGGUCACAAUUACGUAGGAACCGAGCACUUACUGCUGGGUUUGCUUCGUGAGGGUGAAGGGGUAGCUGCUCGUGUACUUGAGAGUUUUGGCGCUGACCCAAGCAAUAUUCGUACACAGGUCAUUCGUAUGGUUGGUGAAAGCACAGAAGAUGUUGGUGCAGUGAUUGGAGGAGCAAGCAGUGGCAGCAAGAUGCCUAUGCUUGAGGAGUAUGGGACUAAUCUGACAAAGUUGGCAGAGGAGGGUAGACUAGAUCCUGUUAUUGGGAGGCAGCAACAGAUAAAGCGUGUUACACAAAUCCUAGGCAGGCGGACCAAGAACAAUCCUUGUCUUAUUGGAGAACCUGGUGUUGGAAAAACAGCUAUUGCUGAGGGACUCGCUCAACAUAUUGCAAAUGGUGGUGUUCCAGAAACAAUUGAAGGAAAGAAGGUGAUUACCCUUGAUAUGGGUCUUCUUGUUGCUGGCACAAAGUAUCGUGGAGAGUUUGAAGAGAGACUAAAGAGACUGAUGGAAGAAAUCAAAAAGAAUAAUGACAUAAUACUCUUCAUCGAUGAGGUUCACACAUUGAUAGGUGCAGGAGCAGCAGAGGGUGCAAUUGAUGCUGCAAACAUUUUGAAACCAGCUCUUGCAAGGGGUGAACUUCAGUGUAUUGGAGCCACAACACUUGAUGAAUACAGGAAGCAUAUAGAGAAGGAUCCAGCUUUAGAAAGAAGAUUCCAGCCAGUAAAGGUUCCAGAGCCAACAGUUGAUGAGUCAAUACAAAUUCUGAAAGGAUUACGUGAAAGAUAUGAGAUCCACCACAAACUUAGUUACACAGAUGAUGCUAUAGUUGCUGCUGUACAAUUGUCACAUCAGUACAUAAGUGACCGCUUCCUCCCUGACAAAGCAAUUGACUUGAUUGAUGAAGCUGGUUCACGUGUUAGGCUUCAUCAUGCACAGGUAUUAUCUUUUGUUCCUUGUUCAUCAUUGUUUUAUAAUUAUUGUAGUUUAAGCAUGCUGACUUGCUGCUUUCAGUUACCUGAUGAUGCAAAAGUACUUGACAAGGAACUUAAGCAAAUUGUAAAAGAGAAAAAUGAUGCUGUUCGUAGCCAAGAAUUUGCGAAGGCUGGGGAGCUACGAGAUAGGGAGUUGGAACUGAAGACCCAAAUCUCGGCUCUGAUCGAGAAAACUAAGGAGAGAAAUAAAGCAGAAAGUGAAGCAGGAGAUGGAGGCCUAGUUGUCACAGAAAAAGACAUUCGGCAUAUUGUUGCUUUGUGGACCGGGAUCCCUGUGGAGAAAGUCUCAACUGACGAAUCUGAUCACCUCCUUAAAAUGGAAGAGACUCUUCACAAACGUGUUAUCGGCCAGGAUGAGGCUGUCAAAGCCAUUAGCCGCGCUAUCCGGCGAGCUCGCGUUGGUCUAAAGAAUCCAAACCGCCCAAUUGCCAGCUUCAUUUUUUCAGGCCCCACUGGUGUUGGGAAAUCAGAACUAGCGAAGACGUUAGCUACCUACUAUUUUGGCUCUGAAGAAGCUAUGAUUAGGCUUGACAUGAGCGAGUUUAUGGAGAGACACACUGUUUCAAAGCUUAUUGGCUCACCACCUGGAUAUGUUGGCUAUACCGAGGGUGGUCAACUGACUGAAGCAGUUCGUCGUCGGCCAUACACUCUUGUCCUUUUUGAUGAGAUCGAGAAGGCCCACCCUGAUGUUUUCAACAUGAUGCUCCAAAUAUUGGAAGAUGGAAGAUUGACAGACAGUAAAGGGCGGACUGUGGAUUUUAAAAACACCCUCUUGAUCAUGACAUCCAAUGUGGGGAGCAGUGUCAUUGAGAAAGGAGGUCGGAGAAUUGGUUUUGAUCUGGACUAUGAUGAGAAAGAUGGUAGCUAUAGCCGAAUUAAGAGCCUUGUUACAGAGGAGCUGAAGCAAUACUUCAGACCAGAAUUCUUAAACAGACUGGAUGAGAUGAUUGUGUUCCGGCAGCUGACAAAGUUGGAGGUGAAAGAGAUUGCAGACAUCAUGUUGAAGGAGGUCUUUGAGAGGAUGAAAGGAAAGGGGAUAGAGCUUCAAGUUACAGAUAGGUUUAAGAAAAGGGUAGCGGAGGAAGGUUACAAUCCUAGCUAUGGAGCAAGGCCGCUAAGAAGGGCCAUCAUGCGGCUUCUUGAGGACAUCUUGGCUGAGAAAAUGCUGGCUGGAGAAGUCAAAGUGGGUGAUUCAGCUAUUAUGGAUGUUGAUGCUGAUGGCAAUGUUACAGUUCUUAAUGGCAGGACUGCCGUAUCAAUCCAUUAGAACUAGUUAUCCUCUUUUGAUAAGUUAAUAUUGUCUGCAGCAGUUAAUUUCUUCAGUUUAUGUUUUAGUUAGUUUCAAAAGCUUCUAAUGGCUGGUAGCUAUGCAGUCAAAUUUCAGAGUAAAAAACUGAAUUCUUUUUGUCUCUUUGCUUGUUUCAACAUACAACCCCAUUCUUUUGCUUUGGCUUAAAUUAUAAUUACUGAAAGGAUGAAGGAUAAUGUUAUCAGAAAUAGCAAGGGUGAAGAAAGAUUCUUUUGAUUCUGAUUGCAAGUCUUGGAACAUUCAUUUUAUUGUACUAAGACUGGCAACGUUGUGGAUAUAUUAACAACACUUUCUUUUUGCAUAGAGUUAA